AUGGUGUAAUCAUAAAGUUGCUUAAAUUCCUCUGGAUAAUAAGUAGAUUGGUGGUUUAUAUUAAAAAUGCCAAGAAGUAGUAGUGAGGAUUGGUCAGGUAAUUUAUGAUUUUGAUAUAAGGUUUGGAAUACUUUUAUUGUGAUAGUGUAAAUGAUUGUAAGGAAUUCCUAUUACAAGAGGAUAAUUUGGAUAUGAGUGAUUCUGCACUAAUGAAAACAAUUAAAACGAUUGAUUUUACAGAUACAAACGUAGUUAGUAUGUUAUGGAGUGAUUAACCUUAAAAAGAUGUUACUUAUUCUAAUCAUGCACAUUCUAAGGGAAUAAUGAGUGCAAGAUUAGGAGGUGAUUAAAAAGCAUUUAUAAUCGCUCAUUCAACACCAAGAUUUCCUAAAUUAAAUGAUGAAUAUAAGUAAAUAUAAAUAUAUAAUUAGUAUUGAUGAUAAAGUAAAUAAUAAUUUUGUUAAAAAUGGAUAACAUUUCUUAUGUUUAUCAACAACAACCAAUGAUAUUAAUGAUUAUUUAGCAUAUCAAUAUUAUUUAGCAGAAAUUUAGAUUUAUAAAGUUAGUGCUACACCUGGAAGAAAUUUUAAGAAUAAUUAUCAAAAUCUUUUUUUAUUAUGGUCAUCAAAAAAACCAGGGAGAGGAGAACCACAUUACAAUUAUAUCCGAUUUGUAAAAAAAAAUAUUUAAAUAAGAUAGAUGAUUUUUAUAGUAAAGUAUCUUUUCUUACUAGAAGUUCAUCAAAUUUUUAAAUUUAUUCAAAAAAUUAAAAAUUUGAAUAAGAUUUCUAUGCUGAAAUUGUAGCUCCUGAUCUAAAAUAAGAUCUAAUUAUGGAGACUUGGGUGAGAAAAAGAGCUGAUAAAGGAUUAGAUAAACCAGAAUGCACAAAAUUAUUUAAAACAUCUUCUAAUGAAUAAGUACAAUUUUAAGGAAAGAAAAAUAAUUAAGAUAUUACAUUCACAUAUCUCUACACAAAAGAUCAUUCAAAAUAUGGAAUAACCCUUCCUAAAGAUUCUAAAGAUUCCUCCUACAUCUCAAUAAAUUAUUCAAAUCCUUCUUUAAAAGGAUAAAUAUUUACAAAUAUUCACAAUGUUAGAAUAAAAGAAAAUUAAUAUUAAAAUGAAGAUGAUAUUACUAAUACUGAUGAUGAAGAAAUUGUAGAUAAUAAUACAGAUGAUGAAUUUCUUAGGAGAAAAAGAAAAAGGGAUUACUCUGAAGAUGAUAUUCNUUAUUGUGAUAGUGUAAAUGAUUGUAAGGAAUUCCUAUUACAAGAGGAUAAUUUGGAUAUGAGUGAUUCUGCACUAAUGAAAACAAUUAAAACGAUUGAUUUUACAGAUACAAACGUAGUUAGUAUGUUAUGGAGUGAUUAACCUUAAAAAGAUGUUACUUAUUCUAAUCAUGCACAUUCUAAGGGAAUAAUGAGUGCAAGAUUAGGAGGUGAUUAAAAAGCAUUUAUAAUCGCUCAUUCAACACCAAGAUUUCCUAAAUUAAAUGAUGAAUAUAAGUAAAUAUAAAUAUAUAAUUAGUAUUGAUGAUAAAGUAAAUAAUAAUUUUGUUAAAAAUGGAUAACAUUUCUUAUGUUUAUCAACAACAACCAAUGAUAUUAAUGAUUAUUUAGCAUAUCAAUAUUAUUUAGCAGAAAUUUAGAUUUAUAAAGUUAGUGCUACACCUGGAAGAAAUUUUAAGAAUAAUUAUCAAAAUCUUUUUUUAUUAUGGUCAUCAAAAAAACCAGGGAGAGGAGAACCACAUUACAAUUAUAUCCGAUUUGUAAAAAAAAAUAUUUAAAUAAGAUAGAUGAUUUUUAUAGUAAAGUAUCUUUUCUUACUAGAAGUUCAUCAAAUUUUUAAAUUUAUUCAAAAAAUUAAAAAUUUGAAUAAGAUUUCUAUGCUGAAAUUGUAGCUCCUGAUCUAAAAUAAGAUCUAAUUAUGGAGACUUGGGUGAGAAAAAGAGCUGAUAAAGGAUUAGAUAAACCAGAAUGCACAAAAUUAUUUAAAACAUCUUCUAAUGAAUAAGUACAAUUUUAAGGAAAGAAAAAUAAUUAAGAUAUUACAUUCACAUAUCUCUACACAAAAGAUCAUUCAAAAUAUGGAAUAACCCUUCCUAAAGAUUCUAAAGAUUCCUCCUACAUCUCAAUAAAUUAUUCAAAUCCUUCUUUAAAAGGAUAAAUAUUUACAAAUAUUCACAAUGUUAGAAUAAAAGAAAAUUAAUAUUAAAAUGAAGAUGAUAUUACUAAUACUGAUGAUGAAGAAAUUGUAGAUAAUAAUACAGAUGAUGAAUUUCUUAGGAGAAAAAGAAAAAGGGAUUACUCUGAAGAUGAUAUUCCUUAACAAAGAAAAAGAAAAAUCGAAAAAAAAGUUAAAUAUGUAUGUGUCAGUGAUUUGAAUAGACAAGAAUCAUAAUGGGAAAGAGGAGGACUUGUUUAUUGCUUUUAGAAUGAUAAUUUAUGGAAUCAUAUUAACAAAGCAUUUAUAGGGAAAUAAAUUUGUAAAGAUUGA